AUGGCCAAAAUUUCUUUUCAGAAGGCUUUUUGUGAAUUUCCAUCAAAUCUGAGGAUACUCGCUGUUGACACUAACUGUACUGUUCUUGAAUUCAUCAAGAAGAUGUGUAAGGAAUAUUGCUAUGAAGUUAUCACAUGCACAGAAUCGCUACUUGCUACUGAGAUUUUGCAGGAAAGAAAAGUGGGGAUUGAUUUAGUACUGAUGGAGGUUCAUAUGCCAAAGAUGGAUGGCUAUGAAUUCUUACUUGCCAACCAAGAAAUUGAUGUUCCUAUCAUCAUGAUGUCUUGGGAUGAUAACAAGAAAUCUAUAAUGAAGAGUAUAAAACUUGGAGGCUGUGAUUAUUGGAUCAAGCCUUUGCAUGAGGAUCGACUCAAGAACAUGUGGACACAUGUUGUUAGGAAGUCCAUGAGUGAGAAUAGGAUGCGAAAAGAUCAUUUUAGCGGGAAUUCUGAAUUUGUUUCUUCUUCUACUCUUGAAAUUUCAAGAAAAGUUGAUAAUGUUGGUGAAUCACAUUCGAGAAAGAAGUCUCGUAUGGUAUGGACAUCAGAACUGCAUGGUAAAUUUGUCAAAGCUGUCAAUCAAAUUGGACUUGCUAAUGCUGUGCCAAAGAAAGUUCUUGAGCUCAUGAAUAUGCCUGGUUUGACAAGAAACCAUGUUGGUAGUCACUUACAGAAAUAUAGAAAUACUUUGAAGAGAAAACCUCAGCAAUCUGCUACAGAUAUACCACUGCAUAACCAUCUUCAUGCAGAAGAAGCUUUGAAUAUGGCACUUGAUCACCCAAUGCCUCCCUAUACUGCUAACUUUGUUUUUCCACAGUCCUCGGAAACUAUGCCUAACAAUGUGUCAGUGGAUACAUUGCAAGAACAGCAGCAAAUGCAGCAGUGGAUGGAGUCUUUCUUUUUAUGA